UAAAUAAUUGUUGUCUGCUACCGCACAAACUUUUAGGUGUAACAAUGGCAUUUCUCGCUUGUUUUUGAAGUCUUUAUGCUUAAUUUUGUUUAAUAAUAUAUUUACAACGAAGUUUUGCUAAUACAUAUUGAAAAUAUGUCUGAAUACUGGAAGUCUCAACCUAAAAAGUUUUGUGAGUUUUGCAAAUGCUGGAUAACAGACAAUAAACCGAGUGUUGAUUUCCAUGAGAGGGGAAAAAGACAUCAAGAAAAUGUCAAACUUAAAAUUGAAGAGGCAAAGAAGAAAGGUUUUGAGUCGGAGAAAAAAAAGUUAAAAGAGAAUGAGUACAUGGAGAGAAUGGAAAAGGCUGCCAUGAAAGCUUUUAAGAAAGAUCUCGCUGAAAAUCCUGAACUUGCAAAGCAGUACAAUGUCAAACUUCCAGAAGUAUUCGAGGGCCCACAACUCCCUGAAGGUUUUAAACCACCAGAAGAGAAACCUCCAGAUACGAGUCAGGGAGAGCCUUCAGGGGUGCAAACUAGGAGUGAGGAGGGGGAAUGGAUGGAGGCAAUGUCCGAGAUGGGGUAUCCUUACUACUGGAAUACAGCAACAGGAAAGCCUGUGUGGGUUGCCCCUGAGAAAUAUGUGUCCCUGGUAGACCAGGGUCUAGCUCCACCCCCACAGACAUAUGACAACAAAAAAGCCCAGGAGGAAAAACAAAAGCCACCAGUACCUGUGGAGAUCCCCCUACCCCCAACAAUUGAGAACAUUCCCCUCCCUGGAGAGGGCCCCCCAGCCCCACCCCCUGAGGAGGAGGAGGAGAGUGAGGAAGAGGAGGAAGCCAAUCAGGACAGAGGAUCACGGGGCGUCUAUGGCAUCUGGGCUCGUGUACAAAAGGAGCAAGAUAAACCUCAAGUAGAUCUCCAGCUGCCCACGUCAGCAGAAACCAUAGAGACAAUUGUUAUACCUAUGCCUAAGGAGGAAGUGAAAUUAAAAUUCAAGGAAAAAAUAGUGACUUCCCUCGGCACCAGUAAAGGUCCUGUGGCCUUCAAAAAGAGAAAAAUUGGUGACAGUGGUAGGAAUGUGCGCCGGAGAAAUGAUGAUGAUGACUGAAGGACUUAUUUAGUGCAAUUUGUUGCAUGAUUUUUCGAUUGUCCAUUAUAUGAUAAUAAGAACGCUAUGGUACUUUCAUAGCCUUAGUGCCGUCAUGAAUAUGGUCGUGUCAAAUGGUGUCAUUCAAAAAACCAUUCAAGACAUUCAUUUAGAACUUGGUAAAUCCCAGAAUUUGGGCAAGUCCAGAAAGUAUUUUACCAUUGUUUUGCUGAAAGUUUUUCACUGUGCCUCUAAAAUUCCUUGCAAUAUUUCAUGACUGAACCGUCAACCGUGGGCGGCAAGAGUUUUGAUAUAGUAAGCUCAAAAGAGUUGCAUAGGCACGUGGUUUGUUUUUUAUUAACGUUUAAAUGCGAGGGCUAAAGUGUUGAUGAGAUAUUGUCAUGAAUAAAAUCAUGUGUUAGCGUAUUAGUAUGAGCCUUGUUCUUUCAAUACAUGGUCAUUUAAAGGUAUGAAACAUGUUUUAUAUUCACAUUGUUGAUACGUAAUUGUAUAUAUUAGUAUGUUUUACUGAUGUAUAGUGAAUCAAUAUGUAACUGAUAAUUGUUAAUAGACUUUUUUUAUAAAAACACAGAUAAAAAAAAUAUAGUCAGUUUGUCAUUAAUAUAACUAUUUGUGUAUUUUCAGAGGUAAAAUUUGCAGUGUGUGUAAACCACAUGAUAAAUGACGUCAUAUAUGUUAUGUCGGAAGGCAACAUUUUGCUUAAAAUAAAUACUUAAAACAAAGAUAACUUUUAUUUUAAUACAACAUUUUCAAUGAAACAAAAGGCAGACUAUGCCGUUUAAAGAGCCCUGCCUUAGUUUUAUAACUGGAGUUAGAUAAGGUGAUUAGUUUCAUCAAACACUUCGACAAACCUGUUUCCAAAAUAAUGUUUUGACAGUGAUCCGUCAGAAGGCCAUUUUGAGAAAAGGUUUGUCAAGUGUUUGAAGAAAAUAAACUCUCAAUCAAUCUCUGGUGAAAUACCAAAGACGGAGCUCCGUCAGCGGCGUAGACUGCGCUAUGCUUCAUUUAAAAUGGUGAACUCUCUAAGCAAAAUGUUGCCUUCCAAUGUAGCAUUUAUGACGCAAUUCUUCACGUGGCAUACACAUACUAAUUUGGAGGUAUUGUAAUCACCUUGAUGUGAUCCAAGGCAGCAUGAAAAAAAUAACCCUGGCCUUAAUUCAAGGAAUUGUUAAGAUAUUCACAUGACAAUUAAAACAAAAUAUGCACAUGUGUAGCAAGGUCCAUAACCCUACCUCACAUAAUUGUCAAGCUAUGCCCCUUGGUGGUCUGCAAAGGUCAAGCAAAAACUUAACCUUCACAGAAAAAUCAUUAAAUAUAUUCAUAUGAAACAAAGUACACAUGUUAACAGUGACAAUAUCUCAUAUGAUGUAAGGCCCCUAACUCUCACUUCAUAAAUUGUUGUUUCUUGCUUCUUUAUUGACGUAAAGAUAGAAAAAGAUAGAUGAGUGUUGGCGUCCUCCUUCAGUGCUCUCAUAUUUAACUGUAAACACAGCAAGCAUUUACUAAUCUUAAUGUUAAGAUUAUCUCUUGAAGGUGACAUGUAGUUUUACAAGCAAUGAUCAAUGGCAAAUGAUCAAAUAUUCUUUUUGCAACAGAAUUUACAAUCACAAGCAGCCAAAUCCAAUAUAUUGUUCAGAAAAAAGAGAACUGAAUAAUCCUUUGUGUUAUUAAAGCUGCACUCUCACAGAUAAAACAUUUUGACACUUUUUUUUAUUUUUUGUAUUGGAACGAGACGAUUUUUGCGAAAAUGCAUGGAAACCAGUUAUAUAAGAGUGCUGACAAAAAAUUAGAUCACCGAUUUUUAUAUUUAAGUUUAAAAAUUGAUGUUUUAUGCAUUUUUCUAAAAUCGUUAGUUACAGU